AUGCCUCCCAAAGACCCCGAGAGUCCUCCAGCAGAGACCAAUGCCAGUCCUUUCUUCACAGUCCCUGCCCCCGUCAAGCGCCUCUUCGACAAGUUCCCGUUGACAACCUAUCCCGCCAACGAAAUCCCUCGGCGUGUUCAAUCGCACGAUAAUGUCAACCAGCUGUUUGUUUUCACCGACGCGCGUGGUGCACGACAUGGCCGACCCUCAUUUAACCCUCAAUGUCUGAAAUGGCAGGCAUACUUGAAAUUCGUCGGAAUUGACUUUGAGAUCACCCCAUCUAACAAUCAUGCCUCGCCGACUGGCGCCCUGCCUUUCCUCCUACCCUCGCUGCCUACCGAUACAUCCAAUCCGAUCCCUUCACACAAGCUCCAAAAGUGGGCAAUUGAACAAGUCCACUGCGAGGAAGAACAACAAUUGAACUUGCGGUUCGAAGUUUACGCAUCCCUCUUAGACCAUCGGAUACGCAAUGCAUGGUUAUACAUGCUUUACCUGGACAGCGAAAACUUCAAUGCCGUCGCCCGCCGGCUCUACGUGAAUCCUGCAACCACAAACUCGAUGGUACGCGCUGCUCUAUGCCACCAGCUCCAACAAGCGGCUCGCGACGAGCUUCUCAAAACGUCACGCUACAUCGACGCCGCCGAUCUAGAAGGCGAUGCAGGCGGCGCAUUCGAGGCAUUAUCAACUCUCCUCGGCAAGGACGAGCACUUCUUCGGCCGACCAAACCCAGGCCUCUUCGACGCCAGCGUUUUCGCCUACACGCAACUGAUCCUAGACGACAACAUGGGCUGGAAACGGAACCGUCUAGGCCAACUGCUCAAAGAGCACCCCAAUCUUGUACAACACCGCAACAGACUACUGAAGUUCUUCUAA